GGAGAGUCACAGCACCGUCGUGGAAGCUCCAGAUUUUGUCUUAGCUGGGAAAAGAACCCUACCAAGCUCAAGAUGUGUGAUGUGUUUGUAGGUACCUGGAAACUUGUCUCCAGCGAAAACUUUGAUGAUUACAUGAAAGAAGUGGGGGUGGGGUUUGCCACCAGGAAGGUGGCAGGCAUGGCCAAACCCAACAUGGUCAUCAGUGUGAAUGGGGAUGUGAUCACCAUUAAAUCUGAAAGCACCUUUAAAAACACUGAGAUUUCCUUCAAACUGGGCCAGGAAUUUGAUGAAGUCACUGCAGAUGACAGGAAAGUCAAGAGCAUCAUAACGUUAGAUGGUGGUGCUCUGGUUCAGGUGCAGAAGUGGGAUGGAAAAUCGACCACCAUAAAGAGAAAACGGGAGGAUGAUAAACUAGUGGUGGAAUGUGUGAUGAAAGGAGUUACUGCUACCAGAGUUUAUGAAAGAGCGUAAGACAAGGGAAACUGAGCUGGAGGCAAGCUUGCAUUGGAGUCUGCAACAUUCUGUUGGAAGCAUCGUUCAAUUAGAUACCAUUAUUUUCUACUAUUUAGCAAAGAGCUAAUUUUUCCCGAAGCUCACUUUAAUGCCUGUAGUUACAUUGAUUAAAUAAAA